AUGCCCUUUGAUCGAGAGAGCGGGCAAAUCUACGAUGAGACUGUGGCAUUUCUCCCAAAGCAAGACGAAGACGACCUUGUAUAUGUGGAAGAACCCUAUCAUGUCAGGCAGAGACCGAAGAGUACCAUCUCCAUAAAAGGCACACGUACGCUGCACAAGAUGGCCAUGCUGGAAAUCCUGAGAAGUCUUGAUCUUUUGUAUUCCGACCUGCUUGAAGCAUUUCCACUCCCAAUUCUCGAGCAGGUCUGGAAGGCCAUCAAGCUUGAGAGCCUUGACGGGCUUCGGAUGUGGAAGCUGUUCGCRCCAAUUCUUGCUUCUGCAGGGCAUCAUCAAAGAAUGACCAGAACAGUGGACAAGAGACCGCAGAGCACCUUCGCCCACGUCGUCAAGCAGAUUACAAGUCCUCAGUGUUCGUGGCUUACAGAACUGACGCUAGACGCGAUUCCGUUGACUCUGGCGGCUUACGUUCAAGUCUCCAAGAUUCAGAACUUGACCAGCCUGGCAGUGAUUGCGAAGCCCAGACAAGACACGGGCUUCUCGGACCGUGUCUUGAGAGCGUGGUCUGCCGAUGCUCAGGCUGGAUCGUUUUGCAAACUGCGAUUCAUGUUUGUUGGCGACCAUAGAUUCGUUACGGAACAGUCUCUGCAAUACUUGAGUGGCUUCCGGGUGCUAGAACUUUUUUGCGCCUUGAAUUGUCGGAUUGCCACGUCUUCCGCGUCCAAUGCAAAGGGAAGUACUCCUUGCAAGUUGACCGAAGAGUGGAAGGACGCUGCUGACGGGCCGUUCAGGUCGUUCCUCAAGAGCUACUGCGGCAUCGCCAGAGCAGAGCUAGAUGCAUCGUUACCAGGAUUCCGCGCCUAUACCGCACAACGCAGGCGUAAUGAAGAGUCACGUCCUCACUUAUUGAUGACACUGCUACCUGAAUUGGGACAGAAGAACCUCACGCUUGCUUGCGGACACAGACUGCAUUGUUUCGAGCGGACCAAGCUCAACUCUGGUUCGCAGGCCGUCGUCGGUAAAGAUACUGCGUCGAGGCACAAACGGCGCAAGCUGAAGGACACGAAGUCCGGAGUCUUCGAACAGAUGCUUCAAGGGCUUUCAUGA